UAUUAUCAUCUACAGCCACUCCAUCCGUCUUCUCUGCUAAGCCAACAGUUCUCGGCUUCCCUCUCCCCAUGGCAGCAGCCUCCGCCUGCGCCGCCCUCUGCAGUGCACCCUUCGGCACCCGCUUCGCCCGGCGCUAUACGAGCACAAGCCUCAGCUUCUCGGCCUCCCUGUCCAAGGCCGGGCACCCACUGUUCGGGGUCGACGCCGGGCGGGGGCGAGUGCGCGCCAUGGCCACCUACAAGGUGAAGCUGGUCCUCCCCGAAGGCGAAUUCGAGCUCGACUGCCCGGACGACGUGUACAUCCUCGACCACGCCGAGGAGGCGGGCAUCAGCCUGCCGUACUCGUGCCGCGCCGGCUCCUGCUCCUCCUGCGCCGGCAAGAUCGUCAAGGGUGAGGUGGACCAGGCGGACGCCAGCUUCCUCGACGACGAUCAGAUCGAGGCAGGCUACGUGCUCACCUGUGCCGCCUACCCCAGGUCUGACGUCAUUAUCGAGACCCACAAAGAGGAGGAGCUCACUGGCUGAGACGGUGGUCGUGGUGGUGGAGAUGGAAGUCGCACGAACCUUCAUUGCUUGCUAGCUCUUCUCGUCCUUCUCAUUCUAUCUUUGUGGGUUAGCUAUCGGUCGGUAUCUUUCCUUGUCGAGACCUUGAGUUUUGUGUUGCUAGUGGUGGCGCCCAUGAGGCAGCAUCAUACCGACUUUUGCUGUUGUUUUGCAUUGUGGGCUAACGUCAUGGCUGUAAUGAGACUGUUCUCACUGUAACACAUAUAUCUAUUUAGUACCUAAAAUAAAUCUGAUGAUAAACAACUAUCCAUA